CUAAGGGGAAGAUAAUACAAGGAAUUAAGGCGAUUUUUUUCGGAAAUUUCCCACCCCUAAUCAAAACAGAAGGGGUCUCAACACAGAUCCUAAUCCAGACAACCACACAAAAAUGGUCGUAGUUACAGCAGGGACCGGAGGAGCCCACAAAGUCCUCCUGAUAUCGGGAAAACAGAGCGCUUCGACCGGCGCGACACAGGGCGGGUACAGCCGCUCAAUAUCUGUCAUGAUACCGAAUCAAGCCUCUUCAGAUUCAGACUCCACCACCUCUGGACCACCACUGAGAAAACGACAGAGACUCACACAUCUGAGCCCAGAGGAAAAAGCACUUCGAAGGAAAUUAAAGAACAGAGUUGCUGCACAGACAGCAAGAGACAGAAAAAAGGCAAAAAUGGGGGAGUUGGAACAGCAAGUGCUGGAGUUGGAGCUGGAGAAUCAGAAACUUCACGUUGAGAACAGGCUGUUGCGAGACAAGACGAGUGAUCUGCUCAGUGAGAAUGAGGAGCUGAGACAGAGACUGGGGUUGGAUACCUUGGAAACAAAGGAGCAGGUUCAGGUACUGGAGUCCGCAGUGAGCGAUUUAGGUUUGGUGACCGGGUCUUCUGAGUCCGCAGCACUCAGGCUACGUGUGCCUCCGCAGCAGGUGCAGGCCCAGCAGUCCCCAAAUCUGAAGACUUCACCAUGGAUACUCACAGCCCUGGCCCUGCAGACUCUGAGUCUGAUCUCCUGCUUGGUAUUCUGGACAUCCUUGACCCCGAGCUCUUCCUCAAGACAGACCUUCCUGAAGCACAGGAGCCUCAGCAGGAGCUCGUGCUGGUGGGGGGUGCAGGAGAGCAAGUACCUUCCUCCGCACCUGCAGCUUUGGGGCCCGCACCAGUUAAGCUGGAAGCCCUUAAUGAACUGAUCCACUUCGACCACAUCUACACCAAACCCGCAGAGGUGCUGGUGAGCGAGGAGAGCAUUUGCGAAGUUAAAGCUGAGGAUUCCGUCGCCUUCUCUGAAACCGAGGAAGAAAUCCAGGUGGAGGAUCAAACGGUUUCUGUCAAGGACGAACCGGAGGAAGUGGUCAUCCCUGCGGAGAAUCAAACUCCAGACGCGGCUGACGACUUCCUGUCUGACACCUCUUUCGGCGGCUACGAGAAGGCUUCGUAUCUGACGGAUGCAUAUAGUGACUCUGGAUAUGAGAGGUCUCCUUCCCCUUUCAGCAACAUUUCAUCCCCUCUUUGCUCCGAGGGCUCGUGGGAUGACAUGUUUGCAUCCGAACUCUUCCCCCAACUGAUUAGCGUCUGAAAGUUUGCAUACGAUUGCGAAUACCGCUUGCCUUUGCUCCUUUAUUGUACGUGAUUGCCACGUGCAACAUAGUGAUAAUCUGGCAGAAGCCGCAGCAUAUAAUCCUGCCAUUUUUAGACCAAAGGCUUUCUGUUGAUAAAUUGUGAGUCUGUUUGUGCGCAAGACUUUGUUUGCAACUUUAUGUACAGUUCAAACGUGACCCAGUAUUUUUGUCGGGGGAAGGGGUUUGGGGAUAAUCGUUUUAAAAGUAGACCUAUUUAUUUGUACCUCUCCAGAGUUUUCUGUAAUGUAAUCUAAGAUGCUUAUUGUAUAACUUUAAUUUUAUUGUAAAUGCUCUCCUCAAUCAUAAUGCAUUAAAAAAAUUUGCAUUGCA